CUCCGAUUAUCUUCUCCGAACUGUUUUGAUUUUUUGGAAUUUAUGUUUGUGAGAUGAUGAAGUCAUGGGACCCAGUAAAGAAAGGGGGAAUGGCGACUCGGCUUCACCAGGGGACCUUCUCCUGCCCCAACCUCAGGGAGGAGUCAAACGAGGAAAGCAAUGAUGGGCCAUAUGACCUUCCACCCAGCUACACCAGUCUGCCUCACCUUAGUGUAGAAAACCCACGGGGCUACAAAAACCGGGCAUUCGAAAUCGAAAAUGGAGAUUGCGGAAAGGGUAAUCGCGACAGCGUUGAGUACGGAAAGCGCCGGUCGUCGACCAGGACGGAUGACACCAAGGCCGUGGAGACACCGGAAACCCUGGCGGAGAACUUCCUCGGAUUUACACAGUAUACGAGUUUCCAUGGCGUACACUUCAUGUGGGAACUCGGUACCACGUGGUUCCGAAGGGUCCUGUGGUUUCUUCUCUUCUUUGGUUCUCUGACCUUUCUGGUGAUCCAGAUUUGCAACCGCAUCAUCUACCUAGCAUCAGCACCCGUCAUGGCAAAGGUCGAGAUCAACUUUAAUAAAACCAUCCGCUUCCCGUCCGUAGCCUUAUGUAAUCAAAAUGCAUACAGAAUCACAAAAGCAGCGGCGGCGAAGAAGCUCGAUCUAAUAAAGGCUAUUUAUCAACCACACGAAGGGACGAAAGAUGAAUUAAAUGUCACCUCCAUUCUCAAGAACUUUAAUGCGACCAAUCUCACCGAGAAGGAAUUAUUAAUAACAAUGGGUCACACGAAGGAGGAUAUGAUUGUGAGCUGUAAAUGGGAGGGUGUGGACUGUGGUCCACAUAACUUCACUCUCGAGUUUACGGACCAUGGCCUCUGUUAUAUUUUCAACAUAAGAGCGAAAAAUGCAUUAGCAGAUGCGCCGGAUAAUUCAAAAGUUACAAAAAAUACGGGUUUAAAUGCUGGUCUUCGCCUGACAUUAAAUGCUGAGAAUUACGAGGCUAUGAUAGGCCCUCACGAUUCGGCUGGCUUAAAAUUUCUCCUCUUCGAUCGCAACGACAUUGCCAGCGUCUUUGAAAUGGGCCUCGGUAUGCCAACCGGAAGUCAUGCUUUUAUUGGCCUCAGCGUCAACGUGAUGAAGCGAGUGGAGCCGCCUUACGGCAACUGCACGAAAACCAAAACGUUGAAGUACUUCACGUAUUACACCCAGAUGGCCUGUAGGAGAGAAUGCUGGACCGAUUUCUUCGUCAAGAAUUGCGGCUGUACCCUUCCAUAUAUGGAGGUGCCAGGUGUCAAGGAUUGCUUGAAAGACGUGGCCAUGAGAUGUGAGAAUGAAACGAAGGGGGAAUUCGAAAAGAAUGUUGAGGCCUGUAGCUGCCAACCAGGUUGUGAAACAUUCUUCUACCAGCCAAACCUGAGCUACUUAAAAAGUGCUAAAGCAGACGUCUACAAGCUGUUCCAAAUUGCAAACAAGACGAAACUCCAAGAGAAGUUUAGCAAGGCUCGCGACACGGUCACUGCGACCAGGACGGAGCUCCUGGCCGAAGAUGCGGGGAUGAUUAACAAGUUGGUCGGCAGGGCGGUUGAGCUGAGGAAGGUCCUGAAUGACGAGCUGCCAAAGGCCUUGGACAGGAUGCAGAAACACAUCGAGGAACUCAUCCGAGAUGCGGAGGAUGUCUUCAAGAAGAUUAAUGAGGUUUAUGACUUUCAAAAGUUUGUCCUCGACUGGAACUUCUACCGACCAGUGGUCUCCAAAUACACAAGCUACUUCAACCCUGUCACGCUCAUGUACAGGGAACUCAUCAUCGACUCUUACAGAAAGUUUGAACGCAUUACGGGCGAGAAUGGCGCCGCGGCAGGGAAAGGAGACGUUGACCUGAAGCGGUCUCUCCAGGCCGUCUUGGACGACCGAUUAGCUGCAAGAAGCACAUUGAGCAGAGACGCAAAAGACGUGUUGCUACAAGUGAAAUCUCACUACACCCAAGCUAAAGCGAUGGAUACGCAGAAAUAUAAGGCGGAGUACUCUGUCGAACAGCACGCUAUGAUCAUUCCGAAGACCGUACUGAGUUCGGCCGUUACGCUGCCCAAGCAGGCGGCGCUGCUAAAGACCUGCGAGACCCUGUUGGUGUCGUUGAGGGAUAGCUACACGAGAAUGGGCAAGUUCCUUGUUGACGUCUUCUUCCACAAGGUGCCAUAUCGACGGGACCAGUUCCAGGCAAAAUGGACGCUGCCUUAUGAAAAGCAAUGUACGAAAUACGACACCAACCUCGGGAUGGUGAUGAGUGAGGUCUUCAUGUAUCCUCUGAACGAGGCUGCGAAAGUUAUUUUGACCAUCAAGUCGAAUGAGAUCGAAAUAAGCAAAAUUCUCAAAGAAAUGAAAAGUACGGUCGCAUCGGCCAUGGUUGAACUCGAGGACAUCCAACACAUCUUUAAACUGGUCUUCACUACUGCGACUGGGGCCCUUGGCAUAAUCCAGGACGAGUCUCAAGGCAAGACUGCCGUCUCGAAAGCGUUCACGGCUCCAGACUUCGUGGUGAGGCUGAACAGGUUACGCAACUUCUUCGAGAACACGAAGGGUAGAAAUUCGGACAUUCAGGAUAAAUACAAUUCGUUGAAGACAGCUGAGCAGUCUCUUUCGAACCUGAUUCUCUCGAAUACGGAUCUGAAACCGUAUUUUACGAAAUACGUCCCCGUGUUUAAGGAUAAGGCGUCGCUAGACACAGCCCUCGGGUUCACAAAACUGGACGAGUACAAAUCAUUAGACGAGCUAAGCCCUGUUUAUGGCAGGAAUCACACCAGGUUUUUCGACGCCAUGGACCUCGUCCAGACGGAUAUGAAAGCCUACUUAGACGGCAAUAAGCUGGAUGAAAAAUACUAUGCGGCAAACUUCAUCAGCAUGGACAUCUUUUUCCGCGAAUUGUAUUACCAGGAGAUCAGCCAACAACCGGCCUAUACAGUCAUUUCGUUACUCAGUGACAUCGGGGGCUCUAUGGGCCUGUACAUCGGCGCCAGUCUGCUUAGCAUCUUCGAGAUAUUCGACAUGCUCAUCUUCUAUUGUUAUCGAAAAAAUGCCAUGAAGAAAGCCAAGAAAGCUGCAGAGGUAGAAAAGGCUGACAAGGAAAAGGCGAAGGAGAUGGAGAGCUUUAAUCCGCCGACGUAUGACGGGCUAGUGGACAGGAGGCAUCCCAAAUCACACGAAUCAACCUUAAGUCGCCCUCAUCAUCGGGACGACCGGUACUCUGAGCCGCCGCCGCUGGCACAGCGACCGAAACGGGACAGGGAUUCGCCCAACCGCCAUCACCGGCGAGACACGUCGCCCCGGGAUAGAGACCGGGAUCCCAGGGACGCGCAUGACCGGCGCAAAAAGCAUCGCCCGGAUGGCCGCCGCAGCAAACCCCGGCGACCGGCUGACCAGCGGAAGUUGGUAGACGGGAGCUCUAGUUCGGCACAUGUGCGGACCCCGACUCCAAAGAGCUCGAGGAGCCCGUUGGACCCUAGUGAUAUCGGCUUCGCUAUUGAUUCCCCAUCACGCUCACCGUCUCGACACCGGUCCGUUUCUCCACCGCGGCGAGACUUUGACGAGUCGGACUCUCGGGAUAGCUCUAUACCAGACCCCUCCUCCAAACGGCCGGCGGGUCGGCGCGGUGGAGGGGAGCCCGACGGCCAGCCUGACAAUACACCACACAGGCCGUACUAUUCAAAAAGCAAUAAAAACUCUCAGAUUCAUUCGCCUAAUAAUUCAGCUACAGACUCAUUAGGAGGCGCCCAAGGACCUCCGCGGCAUCACCGGACCCCAAGCGCGGCCAAACGAUAUCAAACGUAUAAUCCAUUAGCAUAA